CGCGCCUUGUCACCGUCACUUUUAAGCCUGUUUUUCGCGUCGAUGCGGCUUGUACGCUAUGCUAUCCUGAGCAUUGUCCACUUCGUCUAUUCCUUCAUUUCUCUCCUAAUUUCCUGCUGGAACUACUCAACACCUUCCCCGCUUCGAACUACGCGACGUCGGAUACCUGGUCAUCUUGCCCUUAUUCUUGUUCCCAAAGUCGACUCCAAAUCUACUCGAGAAUGCAUGCUGGAAACCAUUGCUCGCGUUGUGGGCUGGUGUCGCGUCAUUGGAGUUCAAAAGCUGACUGUUUAUGACAGUGAAGGUAUUCUGGUUGAUUGUGAAGAACAACUUUCUCGGCGUGUCUUCGCGAUUUCUGAGUCUGCUGGCGAUGAUUCAGAAUCGGAUAUAGAGUACCCUCUUACUCCACCUUCGUCCGACUACUCCGAAUCCCGUCCUCUCUCACCAGAACAUGUCUUUGGGGAAUCUUCCACCAUUACAAUCCAUCUUCCGAGAGCUAUUCGCAAGCGUGCAAGUAGAUAUGGCUUGAAGACGCGUCCUGCUCGGGACAGCCAACAACGACCUUUGGAACUUUGCAUCGCGUCUCGGAAUGCAGGGAAAUCCACCUUGGCCGCGACUGCCACUUCUUUAGCGCGCAGACGAAUGAAAGAUCCUUCCCAACCAUCUGUUUCCGUCGAAAUACUCAAUGCGUUGCUGGAAGGCCCCAACUGUGUUACUGCACCUGAUUUCCUCAUUCUCCAUCCUUUGCGGGACGCCGACCACAGCCUCGUUCCUUUGGAGCUCUAUGGAUUCCCUCCUUGGCAGAUUCGAUUGACCGAAAUAUACUAUAAUCAGCACGUCCGACCUAUCGACAGAAUCAAAAGCUUCCUCGGUCGACGUUCUAAAAAUGAGCCCCGGCUAUUGACAGAAAUAGAGUUUCGUGCCGCACUGGACGAAUUUGCUGGAGCGGAGAUGCGUUUUGGAAGAUAG